UCGUUUUAGUAACAAGUACAUUAAAGUCGAUCACUUUAUUUGUCGCCAUCGACGCCAAGCAUGAGCGCCAUUCCUCGCAUUAUCGACAGGUAUAUGCCUCGUUGAAUAGCUAGUUAGAUAGAAGAAGGACUGUACUGUCUCGUGGUAGUAUUUACGUUGCCUAUAGACAUUGCUAUAGUGUGGGGAAGUCGGAAGAUCUCACGCGGAGCUUUCCUUUUUUGUACCGCAGUGACAGCGACAGCGAUGAUGACGUCCCGCUCUCAGCUUUGCGAGCUAAAGCUCCGGCGAUGAAGCAGGAGGUGAAGACCGAAGUGAAGGUCGAAGUGAAGGCGGAAGCACCAUCAGUAGCAAAUGGAGCGGGCAACGGCAAGCGGCAGGUGGCGUCCGACAGCGACAGCGAUGACGACAUCCCCAUCAGUGGCCUGGCCAAGCGCAAGAAACUAAAAGUGGAAACAAAAGUCAAGACGGAGAAGGCACGGGUCACCACGCCCAGCUCCCGGUCCACACCGCGCAAGGCCAAGAAGAGAGUAAUAAAGAUUAAGAUCCGACAGCAGGAGUGCACGGAGGAACUGUACGAGACGCUCAAGGGCCAAUUGGCACAGGAACUGCUGUGUCGUUGGUGGUAUGCCAUGGAGUGGCCGCCAGUACGAGCAUCAUCGCCAAAAUUGCAUGGCGUGCAAGAGCUCGACGGAUAUCCUGGUGCCUUCAUCCGCGUAAAGGGUGAUGACUUAGGCUCAAUCAUAGACACUCGCUCAUCGGUCGGCAAGCCGUCGUUCCUGCACUUCUUCGCCAUGUCCUCGGAGGACUUAUUAAAGCUUCUCCUUCAAGCCUAUGACAAGCAAAUGGAGGUGUUAGUUGAGCAUGAGGGUCCCGAUGUUCCUCUUCUGAAGGAGCUGCAGAAAGCACGCGCGUCAGCAGCUCGCAUUAACCCGGAGAAGGCGGAACGAGGCGUACGGAAGGUGCUGAAGAACUUCGCUGAGCUAGAGCGGGAGAUCAAAGAGGUCGCACUGAAGGAGGCGGAGGAAGAAGAAGAGGAAGAUGAAGACGAUGAUGACGAUGACACUGCCGAUGACUAGAAGAGCUUGCUGUUGCAAAACGAUGGAGCUCUGAAUAGCAAAUAGCAAAAGAUACCUGACAACCUGUAGCAGACCAAAUCCAGGCACGCAGAGUAGUAGGAAAACAGGCACCUUCAAUAGCAAACACCAGUAGUAUCCGAUAGUGUCUUUAAUGGUAAACAAGUUCCUGUCUGAAUCAUGCUAUA